GUGCAAUUUGCGCUUUGUUCAGUAAAAAUGAUUUUCUGAAAUUAGCUCCCUAUCAGACAACACCAUGUGGGGGGGCAUUUUAAAAGUUAUUUAUACGCACCACGUAUAAUUAUGCCUAUUUUACUUAGUACUUGUUUUCAUUUUGUAUACGAAAACACAACUUGUAGUUUAUAUAUACGAUUUAUUCUUUUCUUAAUGGCAGAUUAUAUAGUCUUAACCGUAAGCAAGAAAUGUCAACUAUUACAUUACCACUUGAGUCUCAUAGCAAUCCUAGACCUUUUCGCAUCAAACAUGAGGAUGCGAAUGCAGUUUUAGGUGCAAAAUCCACUACACCUGUAAAUGAUGUAUUACCAACAAUAGAAACAAGUUCUAAAGUUGCUAUCAUAGGAGCAGGUUUUGCAGGAAUUACAACCUCUAUUACUUGUUUAGAAAAGUUGAUGGAAGAUGAUAUAGUUAUCUUUGAAAAACAUGAUAAUUUCGGAGGAACAUGGUAUGCUAAUACUUAUCCUGGGUGCGCAUCAGAUAUCCCUGCGUUAUGGUACUCAUUAUCAUAUGCCUUAAAUACAAACUGGAGUCGUAUUCAACCACCACAAUAUGAAUUAGAAGAGUAUAUCCUUGAGGUGGUUAAGAAAUAUAAUUUAAGAAAGUAUGCACAAUUUAAGCGAGUAGUAACUAAAUUGGUGUAUAAUGAAAAGGCUGCAAACUGGACCAUGUUCAUUCGAGAUCUUACAAAUGGACAAUUAAUUAAACACACUGCUAAAAUAGUUGCAUCUUGUCAAGGUGGUCUAGUGAACCCAAGACACUUUGAAGCAAAGGGUUUAGAAGAUUUCCAGGGCCAUUAUAUGCACUCAGCCAUUUGGGAUCAUGAUGUAUCCUUAGAAGGUAAGAAUGUGACAGUUAUAGGUAAUGGAUGUUCAGCAAACCAAGUAGUUCCUAGAAUACUAAAAGAUUAUAAUCCUAAAUCAGUAACUCAAAUUGUUAGAUCAAAGCAUUAUAUAUAUCCACCCCUUCCAUACUUUAUUUAUCAGAUUUAUCAAUUCCUUUCGUUUUCCUUUUUUGGUUUGUUUUUAAUUCGUUGGGUUGUAUGUAUACUUUCUGAAAUAAAAUACCCACUCUCUAAGAGAGGAGCUUUCGGAAGUUUCCUUCGAUGGAUUAUUAGAAAACAGUCGUUAGAAUAUAUGACAUCUGCUGCACCUGAGAAAUAUCAUGAAAAGCUAAUUCCUAAUUAUAAAAUUGGGUGCAAAAGAUUAAUAUUUGAUUAUGAUUAUUUACCAUGCCUCCAUGAUGAAAAAAUGUUACUUACCGACAAGCCCAUUGAUCAUAUCACAAAGGAUUCUAUUGUUUUCACUGACUCAGAAGAGGUGAAAGCUGAUAUAAUUAUAGCUUGUACUGGUUAUGACUUUAGAAAAAGUUUCCAUUCAUAUGAAAUAAUUGGCCGCAAAGGAACUGAUAUUGGUGCUAUAUGGACCAAAGAAGGGCCCAGUGCUUACAAAACUGUCUUAGUUAGAGAUUGUCCUAAUUUCUUUUUCAUUGGUGGUCCCAAUGCAUCUCCAGGUCAUUCAUCUGUAAUCAUGUCCCUUGAAAGUAGUUGUAUAUUCUUUGAAAAGCUCUCAUAUCAGAUAUUAAGAGGUAGAAUUAUUUCUAUUUGUGUCAAAACCGAGAAAUAUAAUGAAUGGUAUAAAACUACACAAGAAGAAUUACAAAAAGCUGUAUUUGGUACUCCAUAUGGUGGAUGUACAGCCUGGUUCAAUGAUGGUAAAUAUAAUACUGCUACUUAUCCUUAUUCACAAAUACAUUUCUGGUGGGUAAUGAGUCAUCCUAUUUGGAAAGAUUUGGAUCUUGAGGAACCUGACCUCAAAAGAAGAAGAAUUAUAAGAAAAUUAAGAUUCAAAAGAGAUUAGUCAUCUCUCUGCUUUACCUUCACUUCUAUACAUAUCCUAUAUAGUCUAACCCCACUCUACUAUUGUAUUUCAUACCUUAUUUUAAAUAUUUUAAUAAUUUAAUAGUAACUAAUAUUGUGAAUCAUCUGGUAGUGCACGGACCAACAAUGAUUAUAGCUGAAAAAAAAUUUGGCG